AUGUUGUCGGUCUUGUCUAAAUCAGUGGUUUCUACCACUUCAAAAUCUUUCUGGAAACCCUUACCAAGAUGGACAAAAAAAAACAUUAUUUCAGCUCAACGCUAUUCUACAAAAUCCCGCUUUAAAGCAGGCCAGCCUAUACCUGAGACUCACCCCCAUUUGCUUCGCCCAGGUGAGAUAACUCCCGGGAUUAAAGCUGAGGAAUACUAUGCCCGCAGAGCUCGUUUGUUGGAUGAAAUGCCUGAUAAUAGCAUGGCUAUUAUUGCAGGAAAUGAUACCCAGUUUGCUACUCCUAGUGUCUUUUAUGAAUUUAGACAAGAUCCCAACUUUUUUUACCUGACAGGUUUUAUGGAACCUCAAUCGGCUCUUGUUUUGUAUAAGAAAAAAGGAAACAGUCCUGAAUCGAUAUUUUUUGUUCCACCAAAAGAUGAAUAUGCUGAACUAUGGGAUGGUUCUCGUACUGGACCAAAAGGAGCAAUUGAAAUUUUUAACGCUGAUAAUGCUCAUAGUUUUAACGAUAUUGAACGAGUCAUGGAAAAGCUAUUGAAGGACAUUAGUAUUGUCUAUUAUGAUGCAUUACCCCCUAAAGAAUCAGGCCGCUUGCCCAACUUUUUCCGAAGUUAUAACAGAGAUGUUUUAUCGGGAUCGUUAGGAGAGUUGCUUCGUCGUUCUUCUAGAAAGGAGAUCCGAUCAGCUGUUCAGCUUGUCGAAAAAAGCCGAUUAAUAAAGAGCCCGGCCGAGAUUGAAAACAUGAGAAUUGCCGCUGAAAUAUCUGCUGAUGUUUACAAUAGUGCUUAUGGGAUUCGCUUUCAGACUGAGUCCCAACUCUACUACUAUUUGGAUUAUCAGUUCAGAAUGCGUGGUUGCACUGAAUCUGCUUAUUUGCCUGUCGUUGCAGGCGGAAAUCAUGCCUUAACUAUUCACUACACCAAAAAUUACGAUGUCCUUAAGGAUGGUGAUCUGGUUCUUGUUGAUGCGGCUGGUAGAUAUGGUGGUUAUUGUGCUGAUAUCUCCCGUACUUGGCCAGUUAAUGGAAAAUUCACUGCUCCUCAGAAAGAUCUUUACCAAGCUGUUCUUAAUGUUCAGAAAGAAUGUAUCAAGUACUGCUCUACUUCUUCCGGAAUGACCCUGAACGAUAUUCAUCGUCAAUCUGAACAACUCUUUUAUUCUGAGCUUAAAAAUUGUGGUUUCGCCUCUUUAUCUAGAAAGGAGUUAACUACCUUAUAUCCCCAUUAUAUUGGGCAUAAUUUGGGGAUUGAUGUUCAUGAUAUUAGUAGUCCUCCAAGAUUUACACCUUUGCAACCUGGACAAAUUAUUACAAUUGAACCUGGUGUUUAUGUUCCAGAUACUGAAGAAUGGCCUAAGCAUUUCAGAGGUAUUGGAAUUAGAAUUGAAGAUGAUGUGGUUGUUCGUCAGAGCUCUUAUGAAGUAAUCACUUCUGAUACAUUAAAGGAAAUUGAUGAUAUAGAAGCUGCUGCAAACUCCUCUAAAUAA